CUGUCCUCCUUUCCCGUUGAUUGGCAUCGGUUACAUCUGCGCUCGACUUCUCUCCACUGACCUCUGUAGUCGAUUGGUUUCGUCUUUCUCUUCCUCACAUGUUUCAUGUUUGGGAGAAAAAAAACAUGGCAGCGCUCACGAAUGAAGUCCAGAUUGUACCUGCCAAAAAGCCAACAGUCCGAGGUCCACGGCGGGUAGCCAAUCAAAUUCCAGAUGAAAUCCUGCAAGACCCUGAGUUACAAGAGGCGAUCAAAGCCCUGCCUGCAAAUUACAACUUUGAGAUUCACAAGACGGUUUGGCGAGUAAGACAAGCCAAAGCUACGAGAGUGGCUCUGCAGCUUCCAGAGGGCCUGCAGAUGUUUGCCUGUGUCCUCGCUGACAUCAUUGAGAGGUUCACGGAGGCCGAUACCAUUGUGAUGGGGGACGUGACGUAUGGGGCCUGUUGCGUGGACGACUUCACCGCCCAAGCCCUGGGAGCUGAUUUCAUGGUGCACUAUGGUCACAGUUGUCUCAUCCCCAUAGACUCCACGGCAGGUAUUAAGAUGCUCUAUGUGUUUGUGGAUAUCCAGAUGGACAAUGCACACUUCCUGGACACGGUCAAGUUCAACUUCCCUCCUGGACAAUCUCUGGCACUCGUCAGCACUAUUCAGUUCGUUGCAGCACUGCAGGCUGUGAGUGCAGCCCUAAGGCCAGAGUAUGAUGUGCUGGUCCCACAGUGUCGACCUCUGUCACCAGGAGAAAUUUUGGGCUGCACCUCCCCUCGCCUGGACCGCCAUGUCAAUGCCAUAAUUUAUCUGGGAGAUGGAAGAUUUCACCUGGAGUCGAUCAUGAUCGCAAACCCAGACAUCCCUGCCUACAGAUAUGACCCCUACAGUAAGGUCUUCUCCAGGGAGUACUAUGACCACGAAGCCAUGCGUGCAUUAAGGUUCCAGGCUAUUGACAAGGCUCGAUCCGCCCAAAGAUGGGGCUUGAUCAUGGGCACUCUGGGCCGGCAGGGCAGCCCCAAAGUCAUGGAGCAUCUGGAGUCAAGGCUCCAGUCAUUGGGCAAGUCCUUCACUCGAGUGCUCCUGUCCGAGAUUUUCCCAGGCAAGCUGGAUCUGAUGCAAGAUGUAGAUGCGCAGCUGUGGCUCUACAGGAGGUCGGCUGGAAGGAAGUCUACCCCAUGGAUUUCUACUCCAAUCAGAGCCUGGGGCCGUGGGCGCCCAACCACCCUGACAACCAACCAGCGCGGCCCGCGCGCAGGCAGACUCAGAAACCAGGCUCGGAGCCAGCCCUACCUACCGAUCAGUGUGAGCAGAACCGGUGCGCCCCCUGUGGCUGUCAAGGGAAAUGACCCAUCACGCCCAGCUCUGUGUUUGACUCGUCUCGUGCCUGCCAGUGCUUCUGCCUCUGCUGACGGCUGGAGGGAGGUCAGACCAGAAGAAGAGAAUGGGUAUUUGUCCGGACGGUCUAUAACAAGCAGAGGUAUACCCACAGGAGCCCUCAGCUGCUCCUCAUACGGAUUACCAACCAUAAAAUAAUCCCUCCUUUUAAAGCGCAGCACGUCAAACCAGAAUUCAUUGGUCUCAUUCUCUCUUUCUGCGCGUGUUCUGAGCUCAAAAUACAAGCGACUGAGAGUAUAGCUUGUGCGUUUAAGGUCAUACAUGUUCAUGUCAGUCACAUUCCCAUGAAGGAGCUGCUCUCUGCCGCGCUAAGAAAGAAGUUGAUCCUGCACAGGGGGAAAGCGCGGGCCUUUCCAUAAUGCACACAUGGCUUUUGCGAUUGUUGGAGAGAACGUGCACAAUGGCCUUGUGUACGUUAAAUGGAAUUAAAGCGUUAAUGUGUGUGUGGAUUAAGUCAAAUGCAAACCCCUUGUCCUUGCAAAGGACCCUAUGUUGUCGGACACUUCAGAUGAGUUUCCCUUCAUGCUAAGUUUCAAAGGCGUAGACUUAUAGUAUGAAGCACUUUAUUUGAUCUACAAGAGUAUGCUACAAAAAUGUGUAUUCUUAAAAUGUGAUGCACCACGACACAACCUUGUUUCUCCGUCUUGUUUUUCUGGUCAAACUCUGAAACAAUAAAUCAGGGAAUGGAA